UUCAAUGCAGUUGAUGCGCAUACCGCUGCAGUCCUUUUCUAUGAAUGUGUGAUGACAGCACUUGCAGAGAAGACUGUCGUCCUUGUGACCCACCAGGUUGAAUUUCUGACUGAAACCGAUAGGAUUCUGGUAAUGGAAGGUGGUCAAGUUAGUCAACAAGGGAAAUAUUCAGAACUCCUGGGAUCUGGGACAGCAUUUGAGAAACUGGUGUCUGCUCACCAGUCUUCGAUCACAGCAUUGGAUACCAGUGGUAGCCAACAGAACCAAGUUCAAGGGCAACAAGAGUCUGCUGAAUACAUAGUGCCAAGUGCGCUUCAGGUUAUAAGGCAGGCCAGCGACAUCGACGUCAUCGCAAAGGGCCCUUCAGCAGCAAUACAGCUUACAGAAGAGGAAGAGAAGGGCAUUGGCGACCUGGGAUGGAAGCCAUACAAAGAAUACAUAAGGCCAUGUUCGGUUCACGUGGAUACGUUUCAGAGAGGGAUUCAUUCCAAAGAGGGAUUGAGUUAA